AUGCCACCCAAACGUGAAGCUACACCAGCUGAACGUGCACAGCAACUAUUGAAGCGGGCGCGCUCGUCACCGAGAAGCAGUGGCUCUGAUGGUGGCAACGUAACAUCGUCUAGCUGGGACGAUGUGCUUGUGCCAUUGCCUCGGCUCAUCCACGCACUACAUACUGUUGCAGGUAUAUCUGUCGUGGAUUCGAUUGGCAUCGUUCGUGUUUUAGCGGACAAGAAAAGACAGAGCAUCGCACACCUGCGUCGAAUUUCAGCGCCAGAGCUAGAAGAAAUCGGUGCGCCAUGCACAGGGUCAACACGCGAUCGAGUUGUGCAGACGCUGCAGCGUCUCGCGCACGACGAUACGAUGAGUCGUGGAAUCAACGCACUCACUGACUUGGAACGUACAUCAAAGCAGCAGCGUAUGCGUGAAGAACAACGGCUGAGGCGUGAUUGGGGCGACGUUCGUGCAUCAGAGCCUGCACUUGACGAAAAGUCUUUCGCUUUCGAUCAUGUACUGGCAGAGACAGCUCUGAAAGGACGCCGCGUCGUCGUGAAUCGUGCGCCAGUCAUGACAGCAUGGGCUGUCGUGGUACUUGAAGCGAUGGGCUUCGCUACGAAUGAAGCAUUAAGUUUGGCUCAUUGCUAUGUAAGCCAAACGGCUGAAGCGCGUGCGCGCAAUAUUGGAAUCGCAGGACCUAAGAGACCUGCUUCUGAACAGCAUCUAAUGAGCGAGAAUCAACCGCACAUUGAGUUCCUGCGCGUCAGGAUCCCCGUCUUUCGCCUGCGGAACGGAGAAUAUCGCGGACUGCAUGCCGGCGAAGUCAUGCCACCAUCGCGUGCGUAUGACUACUUGCAUCGCUCCAUGUUUCAAAUGCUACCGCAUGUGAUGGGGGCGCUGACCUUGCUUGCCAACUCGUACUUGGGACCUGAUGGAAAUGCUGAUAGGCUGCAUGCAGCCGCAUAUGAACUUUAUACCGGUUUCCGUCCAGAGACGCAUGGCGAGUGGGGGAAGCGAGCGAGCCUCUCGCUCGAUACCAUUCUUGCAUUGCGUGCCACGGCUGAGAAGGAAGAAGUGCCGCAAGAUUUGAAGCGAGAGGAAAAGCACGGACUGCCCUUUUUGACAGAGGCAGAGUGUGAUGUGAAGCGAGACAAUCACAUAAAAGAAGAGGAUCACAAACGGCCCAAUAAUGCCACACAGUCACAUAUAAUGGAUACACAGUUCAAGAAUGAAACAUGA